UGAGCAAUAGAGGAAUUCACAAACAACUGGAAACGUUACGUAAGGCCACUUCAACAUACGUGUGCCUCUGAGUGUCUGGGAUAACAGAUGAAUAAUAGCCUCCCACACGGCAGGAACAUCACAGAAGGACAGAGGCCAGUUUCAGAGUGACUUACGCAGCAUUUUGGACCUCAGGAAGGAUUGUUUUUUGAGAGAUUCUUGGUUUGGGAUCCAGACUGUUGGAAAUAAACUGGAUGAACACCAGAAGACAUCAAGAGGAUCUUUCACAAGAAAUCAAAGAGAUUUAGGAGUAAUGACAUCUGAAAAAAGGACCUCUCUCAGAUAUGGUUAUAACACAAUAAACAGCGUGACUGGGCGGUGAUUUGGGGAUUGGAAAUUACCACAAAACAGCGCACUUUAUUUGUGCAGAUCUGAAAAACCAGACCAGAGAGGAACCUACGCAAAGAAGGGACUUCUGAUUCUUCUAGAUCUUUUUCUUUCUUUUUUUGUGAACCUGUAACCUUCUCCUCAUGGCAACGGUGGAAGCAGAGAUGUCCUACAGUGAAGCCAUUCUGAAAGCCUCUGCCUCCCUGACUCGCUUCCCCCUUAUCCCAGUCAAAGGAGUUCCUCUCAUGAACCACAUUGCCAACAACUGGGACACUAUCUGGGCUUUCCGUCCUGACCCCUCAGACCUUCUCAUCGCCACCUACCCCAAAGCAGGAACCACAUGGACCCAGGAGAUAGUGGACCUGCUUCUCCACGGUGGAGAUGCUGACUUCUGCAAACGAGCCCCCACACCUAUGCGGAGUCCUUUCCUGGAGAUCUAUUCACCACCACCCAUCCCCUCAGGUCUUGACCUUCUGAGGAAAAUGGAUCCUCCAAGAAUGAUCAAGACACAUCUCCCUUUUAAGUUGGUGCCACCUGCAUUUUGGGAAAACAAGUGCAAGACGAUCUACGUGGCACGCAACGCCAAAGAUAAUUUGGUGAGCUACUACUACUUUGACUGUAUGAAUCUUACCCAACCUGAGCCCGGGCCCUGGGACGGCUACAUCCACAAAUUUAUGAAAGGAGAUCUGGCAUGGGGCUCCUGGUAUGACCAUGUGAAAGGUUUCUGGAGGAGAGAGGAGAAGAACAUCCUCUACCUCUUCUAUGAAGACAUGAAAGAGAAUCCUCGGCGUGAAGUCGAGCGCAUCAUGAGAUACCUGGAUUUGUCCAUCUCAGAUGAGAUCAUCAGCAAAAUUGUUGAGCUCACAUCGUUCAAGAGCAUGAAGGAGAACCCGAUGGCCAACUACUCCUGCAUCCCUGCCUCAGUUUUUGAUCAUUCUGUCUCCCCAUUUAUGAGAAAAGGUGAAGUGGGUGACUGGAGAAACCAUUUCACACCUGAGCAAUCCAAGGUGUUUGAAGAACAUUACGAGAGGCAGAUGAAGAACGCAAACAUACCAUUCAGAAACCUAAUCUAACAAUUUUCAAUUUAUUUUCAUUUAUACGUAUAGUGCCAAAUCACAACAGAGUUGCCUCAAGGCGCAUCACACAAGUAAGGUCUGACCUUACUAACCCCCAGAGCAACAGUGGUAAGGA